UGUCAAAAAACUGCUCGAAUUUAUAGCAAAACAGAACCGUGCGCUGCACAGGUCUUUUUCUUCACAAAAAUCGUGGAAAAUAAGAAAGUUUUAACUGAAAAAUGUCGUGGAACGUGUUAUUUAGGAGAAAUCUUUUCAUAUUCAACGUUCGCCAUCGAAGUUUCGCCACCAAAAAGGCUGCAAAUCCUGUCGCGCGUCCCAACCGGUGGCGCAGCGUGAUCGGUCUGGAAGUGCACGCCCAAAUCCAGUCCGAGUCGAAGCUAUUUUCCGGGGCGGAAGUUUCCUUCGGUGCUCCCAUCAAUGCGUGCGUCGCGCUCGUGGACGCCUCGAUCCCUGGCACACUUCCGGUGCUGAACCGGCGGUGCGUCGAGCUGGGCGUUAGGACGGCUCUGGCGCUGGGCUGCGAAGUCGCUCCGGUGUCCGCGUUUGACCGGAAGCACUACUUCUACGCUGAUUUGCCGGCCGGCUACCAGAUUACACAACAGCGCGCCCCGCUGGCCCGGGGAGGCCUGCUGACGUUUCCGGUGUUUGUGCCGGGCGUCACGAAGAAGCCGUACUACAAGUCGGCCCGGUUGCACCAGCUGCAGCUGGAGCAGGACAGUGGCAAGUCGCUGCACGAUCCGGUGGAGAGAAAGAGUUUGGUCGACCUCAAUCGAGCAGGCGUUCCGUUGAUGGAACUGGUGUUUGAGCCGGAUUUGGAAACCGGUGAGGAAGCUGCUGCCCUGGUUAAAGAGCUGAUCCUGAUCCUGACCCGACUUGGGAGCUGUUCCUGCCGGAUGGAAGAGGGCGCACUCCGCGUUGACGCCAACAUUUCCGUGCACCAGGAAAACACCCCGCUGGGGACGCGGACCGAGGUGAAGAACAUCGGUUCGGUGCGGGCCGUGGCGCAGGCCAUCGAGUACGAGAUUGCGCGACAAAUCGACGUGCUGGACGGGGGUGGACGGAUAUUCAACGAAACGCGUAACUGGGACGCCGUCGAGCGGAAAACCAUCGCCAUGCGAGACAAGGAGGUCGUGCAGGACUAUCGGUUCAUGCCGGAGCCGAAUCUACCGCCGUUGCACGUGCACGUGGAGGGGGACUGCUGCGAGGGUGACGAUGUCGUAAGUGCUGUGAAGAUUAGGACAGACCUGCCGGAACUACCGGAAGAAACGAGGAAGAGCAUUGUGGAGACGCACCACCUGACACCGGAAAUGGCCAUCAUUCUUGUGAAUGACAUCACCCUGCACAGUCACUUCCGGUCCAUUCUGGACGAACCGGGGAAAACCCGUUCCCCAAAGGUGGUGGCCAACUUCCUUAUCAACGAGCUGUUGACGAUUCUCAACAAGAAUAAGCUGGACUUGGAGGAGUGUCACAUUCCGUCCAGCCAUCUGGCAGAGAUUGUCGACAUGCUCGAGACGAACCGUAUCAAUCAAUAUCUGGCCCGGCUGAUCCUGCAGGAGGCGUUGGAGCAGGGAGCCUCCGGACAGAGCCCGGCCCAGAUUGCUGCCGACCGGGACUGGCUGAUGAUUACGGACGAGGCCAAAAUCGAACAACUCUGUCGAGACGUGAUCCAGCGGAACCCAAAAGUGGUGGAGAAGUAUCGCAGCGGAAAGGACAAGAUGCUGUACGCACUGGCUGGGGACAUUGCCAAGCUGACCGAGCAGAAGGCGGACAUGGCCAGGACGGUGGAAUUGUUGAAACGAUUGUUGAAAAAAUAGCAGAAUAAAUAAACGUAAUUUUUCAUUAGUUCAAAAAGGGUAGUUCAGGUAAAUUUUUGUCAAAAGUCCAUCAAGUUGUACGACCAAAUACUCCCAAAUUCUUCAACUCACCCCGUAGCCGUGAUCGUCUAGUGGUU